AGUCGGUCAGGGGGGCGAGUUGACCUGACAUCUGUUGCCAUCAAUAGCGCCCUCUAUAUCACGCGGCGCGUAAGUUCGAAUGUGCGGAUUCUACAGAUUCGGAUUGCACCGAAAUGUACACAAAACGAUCGUCAAGGAAUUCACCGAGAUCUUGACUCUCAAUUGAAAUCAUGAUAGCUUCAGAAUAUUCUUGACUCGUCAUACAUCAAAUCUGGAUAGUUUACUUUGUGGUACAGAUUUUUGAAAUUGGUGUUUUGGACGGCUUUUCGUCGAGUGUUUUGUCGAACAACGUCCGAAGUCCUCUUGCGUGCCUUACAAUGUGUCCCGUGUACGCGUGUGUAGGCUACAUCACGUAGGCUAUGUAUGUGCCCUGAACAUGCUGAUUGUGUGGAGGAACGUAUAGGCUAUUGCUGCUUUUCGAAGUUAUGCCAGUGCGUACAGUACAUCGUUUGCCUUCAAACUUGGAAUACAGAAUGACAUCUAGAUCCCUCAACAGUGGAAUGGGGGAGAGUAUAAAGGAUUACCAGGUAAUGAAUCUCCUUGGAAAAGGGGGUUUUGCCUGCGUGUACAGUGCCAAGGCCACAAACACUGGUCAAGAAGUGGCCAUCAAAAUGAUAGAUAAGAAGAUGAUGCAGGCAGCAGGCAUGGUGGGCAGGGUCAGGAACGAAGUGGAGAUUCAGUGUCAGCUCAAGCAUCCAUCCAUCUUGGAGCUCUACAGCUACUUUGAAGACAAUAACUAUGUUUACCUGGUACUGGAGAUGUGCCACAAUGGGGAAAUGAACCGUUACCUCAAGACCCACAACAAAGUUUUAACAGAGGAAGAAGCACGCCACUGUCUGAAGGAGAUUGUGCUUGGAAUGCUUUAUCUCCAUUCACACGGAAUACUACACCGAGACCUGACCCUGGCAAACAUACUGCUCACAAAGGAUAUGCACUGUAAAAUUGCCGAUUUUGGCCUUGCAGCAAAGCUGAACAUGCCCAAUGAGAAGCACUAUACCAUGUGUGGCACGCCCAACUACAUCUCACCUGAGAUAGCAACCCGUAGUGCCCAUGGCCUUGAGUCUGAUGUGUGGUCACUAGGGUGUAUGCUGUACACAUUCUUGGCCGGCCGGCCACCAUUUGAUACAGAGGCAGUGAAGAGCACACUGAACAAGGUUGUCCUGGCAGACUAUGUCAUGCCAGAGAAAAUAUCUGCUGAAGCCAAGGACCUCAUACUCAAACUUCUCAGAAAGAACCCAGAUGAAAGAAUCAGUCUCUCAGGUGUUCUGGACCACCCUUUCAUGACAAAGAGCCCCUUGAUCAAUCACCACAUGGUGCAAGAUGGCCAGACUGCCAAACAAAGGCACAUUGAGUCGUCAGUAGACAGUGGCCUUGCUACCAUGGCAACCCUCUCCACAGCAACAACCUUCCCCAGCCGUCUGUCUUCCCGUAGCCGACCGAUCAAAGCCUUGCCCCUUCCCAAUCUCACCCCACUGGUGUCGCAGGAAGAGGGGUUGGGUGGAACCAAGGGCCACGCCUCUGACUUUAACAGUUGCAGGGUACAGGAGGGGUACAGUGAGGCACGGUGGAGAGGGAACCAGUAUGACCGGCACCCGCCAUCACCGCCAGUCCGAGACAGAGCUGGCUUCAAGAAGAAUUCAGUGUGUGAUGACCAAUCAGGGUCUGUGUCAUCCACGACAUCCAGACAGAAUUCCUGCAUGGACAGCGUGGGCACAGAAGGAUACAAACACCAAUUACUGCAAGAUGCCAAAUCAAGUUAUCACAGUAAUCACCGUAGCCAGUCUGUGGACGGUAACAACAAAUCCUCAAGCUUCCUGGCCGGCGUGCACCAUUCUCAGCACUCGGAACUGUCGGACUGGACAGACGCGAGACAUCAUCGACAAGCAGUGCCAAACAGCAGCCAGCCAAACAGGACUCCACUCGCCACCCGCGAUGACAACGGGCACGAAUUUGGCAGGCAUAACAUGAAUGACAACCACUGGACCCAUGUAUCAGACUCCAGCAGAGAGCACAGGAGUGACAGGAGCAGCGUGGAUAAAUCAGACAGGUUCUGUGGGAAAAAAGGAAGCAAUUUCCGUAUCGGAAGUUCUGCUUUUGUUGGCAUGGGCAGCAAAGAACAUUCUGCUUCAGAAGAGCAACUGUUCCUGAGGAAGUCUUCUGAUCCCAAGCAAUCGGAAGAUGCAUAUAGAAACAAGGAAUACUAUAAGAAAAGAACAGGUGAUUUACAAACAGAACCAAUUGAGUAUAGAACAAAUAGCUUGGGAUCAAGAGACACCAAACAAGAUUCUGACGAAAAGAGAAUGAAGUGGGACUCCCACCAGUCACAUCAAGGUACCACAACUGGAGUGAAGAAUCAUCAAACAGACUGUUCCCCCGACCAGUCGGGAUGCUUGAUGUACGAUGCGGGGAAAGCCCGUCAUGCAAAGCACCGGAGGAAGGAAGAUAUCGAGAACACCAACUUGCAGAAGAGCCGACCCACGCCGUCCACCUCCUUGGGAGACAGCCACAGGAGGGAACAAAGCACAAGCGAGGUGAAACGGAGGCACACCCAGAAACAUGAGAAGAGGGAACAGAGGGAUGACAAUGAUGGGAAGAGCUUGGUUGAGUUGACAGCACCACUGAAUGCCCGUAGGUUGAGACCAAUCAGGCAGCGCACCAGGAAUGCCGUGGUGAGUAUACUUGACAGUGGUGAGGUUUGCUUGGAGUUUCUGAAGAGCAAAGAAGGCAGAGACCGAGUAGUUGAAGUCUGCAGGAUCUCAGAAGAUGGAAUGCAGAUCACCCUCUACCACCCGAACGGCGGCAAAGGUUUCCCCGUAGCGGACGCCCCUCCCUCCCCACCCCAGGACCACACAACCCUGUACACCUACCACGACCUGCCCACCAAGUACUGGAGGAAGUACCAGUAUGCUGCUAAGUUUGUGCAGCUGGUGCGCUCCAAGACGCCCAAGGUGACGCUGUACACCAAGGAGGCCAAGUGUAUGCUAAUGGAGAACUCGCCAGGGGCCGACUUCGAGGCCUGCUUCUAUGAAGGCACAAAGCUUCACCUCUUGGGACACACCCUCCAAAUCACUGAUUCCUGCAGCAAAGCCACCUCAGUUGAUGUGUCUGAUGGAUACCAGGCCAUCCCCGCUGACACUCAGACCAAGGUGGAUCACAUGCAUGAUGUGCACCGGCAGUGUCUGGAGCUGGAGGCAGCUAUUGCUGGGAUGGAGUCAGUCAAAGGUCACGGGCCCUACUUCCCCAUCAUCAUAUGCAGAAAGCCGACCUCAUCAGGUGCCUCUGUAAUGGCGGACAAGACCAUCCAGAAUUCUAAGCCUGGCGCUCCCCCUGUGACAACCGUGACCUCACCCAGUGUGCCACCCCCUGUGUCAGCAUCUGUAUGCUCCUACGAUGGCACAGUCUUCAGCAUGAAGAGUGAGGCACCAAAUACUGCCUUGUCAAAGCCAACCCACGGUUCCAAGGCUAGCAGUAAACGGGUAAGGGACUGCAGUCCCCCCAGCCAACAGAACAUCCUCAAGAGCACCUUUGUGCCCAACGUCGGCUGGGCGUCCCAGAUGGCCACGGGUGAGAUGUGGGUCCAGUACAAUGACGGCACCCAGAUCAUUGUCGGGGCGUCGGUGUUGUCGGUCAAGUUCAUCGAUGCGCAGGGAAAUAUCCUGCAGUACGGACCCACUGACAAACUGCCGGACAGCGUCAAGUCCAAACUGGCGCAGUUGUCUGCAAUCAUUGAAAUGUUUGUCAGCAAGUGAUGUCUACCUUAGAUCUAGCUGUCAAUUGUUAUUUUCUCAAAGAGAGACAACAAAGCCUUGAAUCCAGACUAAUGCACCCGGCUGGUCUGCAGCUACUGUUGAAAUGCCGGUCAAAUUAUGGAUAUCCUCUAAUUAAGUCGUACUUAACAAUUCCCACAGAUAGACGUCAAAUCUUUGAGGAACAUUAUUCAUCAGUUUACCAUGUGGUUUUGGAUGCGACAGAAUUAACAGUCUCAACAGUUUGUACCUGUUCAGUAGUAUCCAAUUUCUGAGUAUCCUCUUCCUUUAUAUUUUGGUCCAUGAACUGAAAUUCAUGGGUUGAUUCAUGACAAUAAGGAUAGCAGAAUUUAGAUCAAAUGUUAGACUUUGUAUCAUGUACAGUGGUUUGGGUUUUUUGUUUUUAACAAUUGGAGAUUUUAUGCGUAAACUACAGUUAUAUAUGUUUUCAUAUUGUGUUCAAUAAAAUGAGAAUAUAGUACAAACUUUGAAUCAUUGUACAUGCCAUUUAUAGAUAUAAAAAAAUAUCACUUAUUAAGAGCCUCUUAGAUUCAAACUUCAUUGUACAAAAGAGAGGGAUUAAAAUUUUAUUUGAAUCCUUUCCAGUACUGUGUGCCUCUGUGUGACCAUUUGACCUCUGUCAGAAAAGAAUUAAAUCUCUGUGCAGCCAAAUUUUGUUUGUGUGUUUGUACUCGAGUGUAAUUGGGUAUCAUUAAUAAUUUU